CACCAGCGCGCGCGCGCGCGCGCUCCCAAGGCCACCCGCCCGCAGAGCGCCAGUCCGCGACUCGGCGCGGGCGGACAGCGGGCCAGACUGGCUGUGGGACGUGAAAGGGGCAAACACCAGCCAGCUCAAGGGAGGCGGAAGGGCCGGAAGCACUGGACGCCGAGCGCCAGCCACCCGCCAAGAGCUGCGCUCCUGGGCGCCGUGCUGGAUAGGGAACAGUUACUGAGGGCUGGUGAGCCCACUUAACGGAUUACCGCGAAAAAGCAAGAUGUCACCGUGGACCCUUGGCCUCCAGGGCCCACUGAGUGGGGAGUAAGAUCGGGGGCAGAUUGGUUCUUGGCUUAGACUGAAAAGCAGCCAUGGAGACGGUGUACGAGCAACUCAAUGAGAGCCAGGCAUGGCCGCCCUCCCCCUUUGACCUCAAUGGCUCUGCGACGGCAGCGAACAACUCCAACAAGACAGAGCCAUACUACGACAUGACCAGCAAUGCAGUCCUCACAUUCAUAUACUUCGUGGUCUGCAUCAUCGGUCUCUGUGGCAACACUCUUGUCAUUUACGUCAUCCUCCGCUACGCUAAGAUGAAGACCAUCACCAACAUCUACAUCCUCAACCUGGCCAUCGCCGAUGAGCUCUUCAUGCUGGGGCUGCCCUUCCUGGCCAUGCAGGUGGCGCUGGUCCACUGGCCCUUUGGCAAGGCCAUCUGCCGGGUGGUCAUGACUGUGGACGGCAUCAACCAGUUCACCAGCAUCUUCUGCUUGACGGUCAUGAGCAUCGACCGUUACCUGGCUGUGGUCCACCCCAUCAAGUCGGCCAAGUGGAGGAGACCCCGGACAGCCAAGAUGAUCAACGUGGCUGUGUGGGGGGUCUCUCUGCUGGUCAUCUUGCCUAUCAUGAUCUAUGCUGGGCUUCGGAGCAACCAGUGGGGGAAAAGCAGCUGCACCAUCAACUGGCCAGGUGAAUCUGGGGCGUGGUACACGGGGUUCAUCAUCUAUGCAUUCAUCCUGGGGUUCCUGGUCCCCCUCACCAUCAUUUGUCUCUGCUACCUGUUCAUUAUCAUCAAGGUGAAGUCCUCUGGCAUCCGAGUAGGUUCCUCUAAGAGGAAAAAGUCCGAGAAGAAGGUCACCCGAAUGGUCUCCAUAGUGGUGGCCGUCUUCAUUUUCUGCUGGCUCCCCUUCUACAUAUUCAACGUGUCCUCCGUGACCGUGGCCAUCGACCCCACCCCGGCUCUCAAAGGCAUGUUUGACUUUGUGGUGGUCCUCACCUACGCCAACAGCUGUGCCAACCCUAUCCUCUAUGCUUUCCUGUCUGACAACUUCAAGAAGAGCUUCCAGAACGUCCUCUGCUUGGUCAAGGUGAGUGGCACAGAUGACGGGGAACGGAGCGACAGCAAGCAGGACAAAUCCCGGCUGAAUGAGACCACGGAGACCCAGAGGACCCUCCUCAACGGAGACCUCCAAACCAGUAUCUAAACUGCCUGGCCAAACAAAAUCCAAAACAAAACAAGCAAGCUCCACCAACGGGCAAAGGACUCCCUUCUCACCUGCUUUUCCCUCCUCCCACCCGCACACCUGGCUUCUAGGAUAGAGGUCCGAUGGGCCUGAGCCCAAGUCACAGCACAGCGAAUGAAUGGGCUUGUCUGGUAGAUAACUAAUACGUUGAUUACCUCCCCCUUUAAGUGAACACUCAAGUGCAGGCAGACAAUUCAAAGUCUGGAGACCUAUGACCUUGAGAGAUGCUCAAGUUCAACAAAAAGAGAAAAAAACAACCCUAUGUGCGUGUCUGUGGACUUCCAGCCUGCUGUGUAAAGUGUGUUCUUAUAUUUAUCCUUGUAUAUUCCUGCUGAGUGUUUGUACAGUCAUCGCUUUACACUCCUUGUGUUCAGUACAAGAGCAGCAAACUGAAGCAUGCAGAGUGCCCAGGACAUGAGCCACGGUAUGGAACCCUAAGAAAUGGACUUAGCGGGAAGCCAACAAGCUUUACAUGUCAGGGAUGGCUCUCCCCGGGCCUUUCCCAGCCCAGGACAAACCUGAGCGCUCUGUUCCUGUGGGUCAUGUGCUCUCGUACAAUAUUGUGAAAGUGAGAUAUUUUUGUAUUCUUUCUCUUAAGAGGGCCCCCCCUGUUACCUAAGCUUCCAGUCUCCCCAAACCUGCCUCUUCCCCUGGGUGUCUUCUGCAUUGAUUUCAAGCAGCUAGGUCAAACUCAGGAGGGGGAAGGGAGAAGACAGCCGAAGACCCAGGAUAUAAAUUGUGAGUUUCCUGUUCUCAGAUACAAUCAGUUAUUCAUUUACCCGAAAGGAUCGAAAUGGUUGUGGUCAUCAAUCAUCGAUUUAUCAACACAAAGCCUGCUUUAUCAUAAGAUCGGGCUUUUCUUCUUCUCAAUUUGCUUUAUUCUUUAUUAGGGAUCCACAGAGAGGGAAACCACUAGCCUGAAAGGCAAAAAUUGGACUAGGGGAAACGAUUUUAUUUCCCCAACAUAAAAAUAAAUAAAUAAGAAUGAAGCAAAAUCAUACUUUCAUUAGAAACCAUGAAACUGCCUUCUUUUUUUUUUUUUAAUGCCAGACAUGGCUUCCUAAUGAAAGAAAAUGGAAAUGUAAUUCAACAAGUCCUCAAAGCAUUUUUUAAGGACUUUCCACAAGGCUGGGCAUUAACAAAAAUCACAAUGUAUACUAGAGAUGUGAGGACAUUGUUCAUAAAACACACACACAGCCAGCAUGGUGGUGCUUGCUAUAAUCCCAGUGACUCAGAAGGCUGAGGCAGGAGGAUUGCAGGUUUGAGGCCAGCCUCAGCAACUUAUUGAGACCCUAUCUCAAAAUAGAAAAUAAAGGGGGCAGGGGAUGUGGCUCAGUGAUUGAGCACCCCUGGGUUCAAUCCCUGGUACCAAAACAUACACACACACACACACACACACACACACAGCUAAACUCUAUGUGUAGGGGUAUGUUGGAGGAGCCCUGGCCCUCACAGGCACUGCCCUGAUACCUUUUUCCCCACUCUGUGUAUAACUGUCAGAUCGUUACUGCUCUGGACCCUCUGAGCUUCCCCAGGGGCUGCUGUAGACAGGCAUUUCACACCAUCAGGGGUUUUUAUUCCCCAAAUUGUAGCUGGGCCUAUGUACAAGUGAUCAGAAGAAACAGUCCUCCUCCCAUUGACUGGGCACUGUCCCCAGAAUAUGAAGAAAUAUACACUCAGGUGUUUGCAAGAUGCCACCAUGUCUGGCUUUUAUAGGAAAGCAUCACUCUUAACAUCUUGUAUAGAUUUUACCAUAUUUAAAAAAAAGCUUUCCUCUCCUGGCUCCCUGAUAGGGCUGGCAGCCCCAGGGCUGGCAGCCCCGCUGUGACUCUCCUGGAUGGCUGGCUGACUUUAUUCUAUGUCCUUCGCACCACCUAGUUCCCAAAAGUACUUGUCGUGGCUUAGAAAAAUAUGUUCGAUAAGAGUUAAGAUCAACAAAUGAAUUUGUGCAAAAAUAAAAAAGAGGUGCAAUUAUAAACUAAGGUUACUAAGAAAGUCGUUGCAAAAAAAAACGCCGACGCAGUGAAAUCCCACACCCUUGCUAAAGGCAAAGCUCACAGCCAGUCCAGCUCAGGGCUGGCUUCCUGGCAACGCACUUAAUGGAGAAUGACUUUUUUUUUUAAUAAAAAUAAGCAGAGGUUUGGAAGGAAACACUAUAAACACAAUUUUACCAUUAUUUUAUGUCUUUGAAUAAAUGCUGGUUGUUGUUUUUUUUUAACUUACGGAAAUGAUGCCAAGGGAGCAAGAAUUGGUAGAAAUCGUUUGGAAGAAAAGAGUAAUUCCAUAGUAUCCAUGUCUGUGCAAACAGAGAAACCCCAGGAGGCAGGGUCCAAAGCAGCCACCGCAAACAACCUCAAAAUGAAAGGCACAUCCAGUCCCUGGGAGGGCUCAUCAACAGGAGGGUCAUCCAAAAGCAAAAGGAAGGGGUCUAUAAGACCCAUGCUCUAAUUUCACCCCAAUAUGUAAUCAGGUCCCACUACACAGAAAUGUGUUCUCCACUUUUCAAAAGACCUCUUUCAAGGAUGACUUGCUCUCAGAUUUUCUCUUAUCCAGAAGAGGAAAUAAACCUUUUCAUGUAACCGUUAACCUUAAUUUUAAUUAAAAAAUGUAAUUUUAGCCUCAAAUGAAAAUAAACCUGCUGGAUAUACUGAGAGGGAAUAAGAAAUAACGCAGCCCACCGAUUGUGGAGUGUCUGAUGGCUGAGUUGUGCUAGUCACUCCUUACCUUCCUCUAGCAUGGGCAGUUAAGCGCUGCCUAAACCCAGUGGACUCAGAAGGACACGCUGACCCUGGGGCCUGGGCUGAACGAUGUUGACUUGCGUUUCAGUAACAGGGAGGUGGGUGACAGUGGAUAUGGAGUUGGAACGUGGGCUUAGACAGUGGAUGGUGCAUGCAGGCAGAGAGGAAAACGGGGGCUGGCGGAUGGGACUUCCAGAGCUGGCAGUGACCUCAAGUCCAUCUGCUUAUACCAAUCUGACCUCCUCUUCUUGAUGGAGUAUGAGCUCUGCUUGCUGAAGCCCUCAGGCCCAGCUGUCCCCAUGAGAGCACAGUGCUGGGGAAGCACCCAGCCUGGUGGCUGGGCUGGAGAGGAAGCCAAGGGCUGCCUGGACACGGGGAGUUACAGCAGCAGGACAACAGGAACUUUGGCCUUGUUGAAGACAGGGGGCAAGAGAAUCAUCAAAAGGUUGGUGGAAAGCCUGGUUUGUGUAUCUGAAGUGUGUGUCCUUACAGGACCACAAUAGCUGCAGCCAGGCUCUGUGGCCACGCCUGUCAUCCCAGAGACCCAGGAGGCUGAGGCAGGAGGAUCAGAGGUUCAAGGCCAGCCUCAGAAACUUAGUCAGACCCUAUCUCAAAAAAUAAAUAAAUAAAGGGCUGGAGAUGUAGCUCACUGGUAAAGUACCCAGUACUACCAAAGAAUUAAAAAAUAUAUAUAUAUCACGGUAGCUGACAAGCCCAGCAUUAUAAGUAAUGACUUACAAUCAAUCAUUUGUCUCAUCCACAUUUUUGCUAGAUUCAAAAACAUGGGAUUUACCAUCACACAUUCUAUCAAAGCAAACCUUUACCUAAGUGCUUGUUUGGCUUAUAACGUGAGAAUCUCUGGGAACCUCCUCAUUGGCAGAGUUUCUCUCUCUUUUUUUUUUCCCAGCAGCUCAUCUAGAAAGUAGGGGAUUGUAUUCCACUCAAAGCUGGAAACUUUUGUAGCUCUCAGUUACCUGAUUCAGGUAAUUCGCACCACCUCAUUCCCAAAGUACUUUCCGAGUGAUACGCUCUCUUGUGGCUUGGAACCGUUGUGCUGUCAUGCCUGUUCUUACUUUUUCUUUCUUUUAAAUUAACAGACUAUUUCUAGAACCAUUUUAGGAUUUAGAAAAGGUGGACAGAAAGUACAGAGAGUUCAACGAAUGACCUUCAACUCACAUCUCAAGGACAAGCUUUUACCCCCAGCCCCCAAGGCCACUCUCAAGCCUGGCCAUCCCACAGCCAUGUGGCUUCCUCCUCAGCAGCCACAGAGCACUGCACACCAUCCAGCUGCUCCCCUGUGGAUGUCUUGGGCCAUGUGUAUCUGGAUUGUGCUUAAAAACAGAGCUAAAUAUUAACCCAGACCUAACCCUGCCGACUAGAAGCAUUAUUGAUUCUCCUAAGAUCAGAAGUGAGUGUGAUAUCAUUAAAAUGCAAUGCUGUA